AUGGUGUCUCCCCGGGUCUUCUCUCCGAGCGAGAUGGACCGAGAUACACCCGACACGUCCGACCACCUGCCGGACGAACACGACGGCGUCGUUAAGUCGACGACAGUCAACUAUCUCGCCCCAACAUCAUCCCACGAUAUUCCCGAGUACCUACAAUUGGAUGUGGUCGGCGAUUUCGUUAAUGGCGAUAUCACCGACGGAGGUAAUCGGUUGCCGUCAGUGCCUGCGGCCGAGGCCGAGUUCAAUGGACAAGCGGACUUCAACGUGGACGCGUUGAUAACUACGCUAGAUGAUGGCGCUUAUCAUCAAGCUGAUGCCAAUGUGCAUUACGAAUUACCUUCGCUGAUGAUGCCGGCGCCGGCUAAGCCGAUGGCUGACCAAAGAGCACCCUGCGAACCCACUACCCAACCGAUCAUUGUCGACCAAUCAUUUGUUGAACCUCUCGCAAAGGAUCCGUUUGUCAUUAGCAACGAAGCAAAUGUUGGAGUUCUGGAGACUUCGUUUGAGUUAGCCACCGAAACGCUCCCCAAUGGCAGUGCACAGCGUGAUUCAACUGACCAGCCUAAAAGAAAGCGAGGCCGUCCCAGAGUUCACCAGGAAGUCAACACGACAGUUGAGAGCAACGUCAAUGAGGAUACCAUCAAGAAGGAGUUGUCCUCAAUACCACUUCCCCCACCACCACCAAGAUCCCCCGCAGGACCGACAACAACGCCAGGACCUAAACCGGGACCCAAGCCGGGACCAAAGCCGGGGCGGAAACCGGGACCAUUAGCAAAGACGGGAACGACAGCAAAGACAGGAACGACAAUGAAGACGGGGGCAGUGACAAAGCCUGGGAUCAGAAAAAAGCCUGGCCCCAAACCGAAGUCAACACCUAAGGUGUCACCUACAGCCAGAGUCUCAUCACCACCGAGAUCAAGGUCGUCGACGCCAGAGCCCAGUGCCACCGCGUAUGCGCCUUCAACGCCAUUGUCACUGUUGCAAAAAGAACUCCAUGGUACGCUCCAACCGCUUGUGCUGUCGACGCCAGACGCUAGCCUUUCAGAGGCUGAUAUCGCAAACGAGUUGGAAGACCGCUAUUUGGACGUCAAGGAUUUGGUUAACAACGAUCUUACCCAUAAUGCCAUCGUGGCCACAUUUGAGGACUUGCCGGUGCCAUCGGUAAUCAAACACAUUCAACAAAAAUUUGGCAAUGUCAAGUUCAGCCAUGGUGAGAAGGAAGUGUUGAAGCAAUUCAUCAAACGUGACGGGCUUGACGCUGACAUGAAUUCUGAAGUCAUCGCGUACCUCCCCUUCCGGACAGAGCAGGCCAUCCAGGACAAGUACCGUGAGCUCCAAUUCAACGCAGGGCGGCCCAAGCUGUUCAAAAAUCGCACCGAAGCGCUUGUGUACGAGGCAAAGUGGAUGGUGUUGAGCUCGCCCGACAGUGGUGGUCACGGGUCGCGCGCGUCGCGUCGAGCUAAACGCGUAGCCGAGUUAGAUGCUAUGCAGCGGGAGGCGGCGGCGAUAAAAAAACCGUCUAAGCCCCAAUUGCUGCCGGAGGAGGAAGCGGAGGCCGAGCGCCAGCGCCAGGAGCGUAAGGCAGCUCGCGAAGCGCGCGAGGCCAAGCUCGCCGCUGAGAAGGAAGCAGCGCGACUCAAGCGUGAGCAGGCGAGGCUCCAGACACCCAAAAAACCCGCUGCUCCGAAACGGCACAUGGAACUCAAGUAUCUUUUGGCAGGCAAUGAUCAUUUCGCCAGUAUUAUUGGUGACGGGAAAGCGGUUACUGAGGGCCAAAAACGGAAGCGGGCUGCCACUAAGAUGUGGGUGCCUGAGUUCCCCAACAAGGUGGCCAAGGGACCGCAAAUGCGUCGUCAACGACGCCAGGAAGCUGCUGCCGCCGAACACGACUUUGAUGGCAGUGUCAACGAUGGCGAUGAGCUUACCAGCUCGUCGAAAGCAAAGACUAAACCCAAGAACAAUAAGUCAAAGCUGCGGCCACUUACGCCUCCAUUGAUGCUGGAAAAACCCAUCCGGCCGAGAAAGUCAACCCCAACACCAUCGCCUUCACCGGAACCAGAAUCUAGUCCGUUUGACCCUAUCGAUAUCGAACACGAUACCGCUCUCCCCAUCCACGGGCGCCAAGUGUUUGUGCCCGAAGUUUACGAAAACAAACCGCUUCCUAAGCUCAUGUAUGACACAUCGCUUAGUGGCAUCAAUGACUUGUGUCUGCCUGGGGAAUCUGUCCCUCUUGUCGAUGAUCUGGCAGUGGCAAUUUGUAUGAGUCAUCCGAGAAAUUACCGCAACCCUCCACCCGGCUUUCCACCGUUUUUCGGUGAUGAUGACACUCCUGGGGUAUCACCCGCUGUUGAAAUUCGGUUUCUUUUUUACCCUCAACAUCGUGAGCUGUUCAAGCUUUGCGUACCGAAACUGAACGAGUUGGACCCGGUCUAUGAGAUUGUCCGGUUAUGGCAAAUUCACUACGCCAUUUACUUUGCGCACCUGGAUUACAUUCGUUACGAGAUUGUCCAUUUAUGUCGCGAGCUUGACGAGGCGUUUGCUCAACUGGAUUUCGCCCAAUUCUUAUAUGUUAUUGACAAGUGGAAUGAGCUUAUGUUGCUCUUAAGUCCCAACCGAGCGGCCGUCCGCGAGAUUGAAGCUAGUGGUCAAACAGACGUAAAUUUCAAAGUGCGCCAACAAUUUUUGGCUCCUUGUGAACGUAAAAAGGUGACGCAAAACGACUUGAGGUUGCACAUGUGGAUUAGCGAAAUUAUGGGCGAGCCAUUAUCUCCCGCUUUUGAACCUACCAUAGAUUCGAUCGUGGAGGCGACUCAAAAGACGACAAUUACUGACGGCACCACUGAUAACACAUCUAAUGGUACCAGUAAUGGUGACAGCAAUGGCACCAGCAACGGCAAACUCCAUUCUGAAGCUAAUGAAGUAACGAUUCCAAAUGGGAGAGGCGACAGUACUAUCGGAGGCAAAGCAGGCCUUGGCUCCGUUGACGUGGUUAAGUCGCCCCAAUAUGUGAUUCCUAAGGAACUCUACGCAUGUAUGUACGAACGUCUUCAGGAAAAGACGUCGUGGCUGCGGUUUGCCUCGCAGAUGAUUCUUCUUCGCGUAUACGCCCGGGUGGUAUCUCCCAAUUCCCGCAAGCUUCGAGCCUACAAGCUGUUCACAGCUGAAGUGUACGGGGAAUUGCUUCCUUCAUUCACGUCUGAAGUUUUACAGAAAGUCGGAUUGAAGCCGAAUCAAAAAUUCUACGAUUUGGGGCUGGGGGUCGGCAACACCGCCUUUCAAGCGUCACUAGAAUUUGGUGCCAUUAUAGCCGGCGGCUGUGAGCUUAUGCCCCAUGCAUCCAAACUCACCAUAUUGCAAGAAAACAUGUUAAGGCGGCAUCUCAAGUUAUUUGGGCUUAAGCAACCUAAGUUUAAGUGGGCGCUUUCGCAGCUGUUUGUCGAUAAUGCUCCAGUCGAGGAAUUCUGUCGCGAUUGUGAGGUUGUGAUUGUCAACAACUACUUGUUCGACGUCAAUCUCAAUGCUGAGGUGGGGCGCUUGUUGCGUGAUUUGCGGCCUGGCACUAAAAUCAUCAGUUUGCGCAACUUCAUCUUGCCUCGUUACCGAGCCACGGGUGACCUGGUGUUUGAUAAGCUUAAGGUGGAAGAGCACGAGAUGAGUUACGAAAUGCUGGUGUCGUGGACGGCAAGCAAAGUACCCUACUUCGUACUGACAGUGCAGGACCAUAUCCUUCCCGAAUACUUGUCAGCAUAG